AUGUGUCUUUUUGAAUCAUUUUGCGCACUCUCCCUCAUCAAUCAUGGCCCGCACCAAGAAUACCACCAAGAAAUGUACCGGUGGCUCAGUGCCACACAUCCUCCUCAAGAUCUCAAGAGUGCAACUCUCUGGAGGGGACACCAGAAAAUGAAGGCUUUGAGCGCCACUAGGGGCGCCUUAUCUGUGGGAGGUGGGGACUUAGAGAAGAGGAAUGGUCAGCAUGAGGCUUUGACCGCCACCAGGGCCGCCACCAGUGAGGACUUAGAAAUUAGAAGUGCCCACAAUGAGUAUUGUAUACUCUGCAGGGAUGGUGCAGUGCACUAUGAAGACAAUACUCUCUUCAUGCUCUGCCUGCAGCUGCCGCCUGACAUAGAGACCAAAGUCCUACAAGAGGACAUCUCAUUCAGGUGCAUUUGUUGCCAUAUCAAGAUGGAACAAAGUGCCGCCUACUUUGGUUUCUAUAACAGCAACGGCCUUCCCUUCUUGGACAAGUUCCUAUCUGUCACUGGUGCACUUGAGGUGUCUGCCCGAGCUAAAAUAUCGGUGGCUCUGGUCAUUUUUAUUUACCUUAUCCUCGUCGACUUUGAAGUAGCUGCCUAUUCCUUAUUUCUUGUUCCCGGUGUCUCAGUUAUACUUACUACUGUACCUCAGUUCGAAUAUCAACUUAUCUCUGAAAUAAGGGACAGUACUUGGGAAAGGGGCACAGCAUACGAGCUGAGGCCAAAGUCCUUCAGAUCUGAUCCUCCAAGAGUACAACCUUACAUUAAGCCGUACUACUCCGGUGAUGGCAUCAAAUAUGUUGAGGUGUACUAUGACAUUGGUUUGAAGAACUCAUUCAUCUGGGAGCGUGUUGUCAUUGGUGUGUCCACUCACACUGACGAGGACUUUGGAGACCCUUUUACUGGGUAUGGAGAUGAUUCAAAGGGCCAUGUGAGCACUCUGGUCAAUGAUCAAAGUAUCAUUGACCAUGCCCAAGAAUCAUAUCUCUGGAUGCUCUGCUGCAGCUCCCUUAUCAACAACCUAGACUCAUUUCAUGGCUUGCAAGAGGCUGUUGUCCGGUGA